AUGACAACAAACACCGACGUUCCGUCUCCUUUGCAAGAGCCGGCAAUUGCCGAGAUUCUUGCCUCUGACUCUGCUUUGGACCUACUUUUGGCAAGACUCAAACAUUCUGUCAAGGCCUGCGACGAGUUUGCCAACUAUCUGAAACGGAAACAGAAUUACGAAGAAAAUUAUGCUCGGGACGUUAAGCGGGCAGUCACAAGCUGCAAGUCGUCCAUAAAAUCCAACACAUCCAUCUCCAAAGGCUCAUUUGUUGAGUCUCUGGACAAAAUCAUAUCAUUUGACGACAGAAUACUUGUGGACGUGCGGUCCCCCUACUCCAAGGCUUUGGAGAAAAUGCAGGAUGAACUGACUUCUGUGUCUGCGACGUUCGUGCGGCUGCGGAAACAACUAAAGGAAGAGGGUCACAAGCGCGAAAAGGAGGUCCAGGAUGCCAUAAACCAGGCGGAAAAGUCCAAAAAUAGGUACUAUUCGCUCUGUAACGACUUGGAAAGGCUGAGACAGUCGGACCAAUCCCAGAAAAAAAUCACGCUCCAAGGCCGAAAAACAGGCUCCCAGCAGGAGGAGGAGCUGGUGCGAAAAAUCAACGCUGCCGACCAGGACUAUAAUGCCAAGGCCAACGCGUCCCAGAAAUUGAAGAACGAGCUGGUGAACACACAUAGACCUAGAAUUUCCAAAAAGCUCCAGGACCUCAUUCUGGAGCUGGACACGGCUCUGCAAUUGCAGUUGCAGAAAUAUGCUGCUUAUAACGAAUCUUUUGUUGUCGGGCUGGGAAACCAGGUGGCUCCAUUGGGAGCCAAUCACUCUUCGAUGGCAACGGUCGCUGCUUCGGUCAACCCGGAGCAAAAUCUUUACAACUAUCUGAAAGGUUCAAGAGUCGAGAAAAAACACUAUUUCGUGCCUGUCGAGUACAAAAAACAUCCCCUAUUCAAGUCGGAGCCUCCUGCUCAAUUCCGUGUCCCAGCAACGCCGUCUGUGUCUAAUAAUGUUUCUAAACUAGAUCCACCCUUGGCAACUACAAAUAAUUCUGUCAGUCAGCCUGUUGGGUCUCCGUCCUUCAUGCCCGUUCCUGAACCGCCAAUUUCUUCCCCAGUGAACUACUCGACGCUGGAUCCGACGCGCUCUCCAGCAUUGUCUGUCUCGCCAAGUCCUGCAGGCCUGGCAGGCCCGCGUCCUAUCAGCACAGAAAUGCGAAAUAACUCCUCGUCCAUUACAAAUCCAACCACUCCUGCCUAUUCGGGACUGCUAUUUGGACAGCCUAUCGAAAGCCUGCCUCACGACGAGGAGAUGGUUCCGUUGUUUGUCAAGAAGUGUAUUAACCUAAUUGAGACCUACGGCUCUAACUCUGAAGGUAUCUAUAGAUCCAGUCCGAACAAGCUGAAGCUGGAGGAAAUCAAAUAUGCCAUCGACCAGGAUCCUUCAGAUUUGAGUAUCUUGGACCCCCCAGAUCCUUCCAACGUGUCUGACGAUUACGUCUACAUGAUAGCGUCGCUUCUCAAAGUGUUUUUUGCAGAACUUCCCGAUCCGUUGUUGACGAAGGAGCAAAGCGGCAACUUUUUCAAGGCCGGCCAGAUUGAGGACGCUGCGACGAUGCACAUCCAGCUCCAUCGGAUUGUUUUCGAGCUUCCGGACGCUAAUUACUUCACCCUUCGCGACUUGCUCUUCCAUUUCAUCCACCUCAGCCAAAUUCCAAGAGUGCGCAUGAGCGUGAAAAAUUUGAGUAUAGUCUGGUUCAACAACCUGCUAGUGAACGAAUACACCACUCGUGACGAGCUGGCUGUGCAACAGCGGGUCGUUGAAGAGCUUAUAAAUGCUGCUCCCGAGAUUUUCAAUCCUAAGGAAGAUUGA